AUGCAGACGGAAAUUACUGGUGGGAUGAAGAAGACGACCACACCCCCGAAGAAGACGACUUCAACUCCGACUCGGACUCCAGCUCCUACGAGGACGAGGACGACCCCGAUAAAUGGUUCGACAAAGGAAAAAAAGGCUCUUCAAAAACCCGAGCGAAAGCAAGAGGAGCACAUCAGCCUCGCCUUCGCCGCGCUAAUGAGCAAGACUAGACGGGGCGAACGCGUCCCCAUCGGGGCGAUCAAGCACGGCCGGUUCGAGCUCUACUGUAGCAAAUACUACGACUUCUUUGGCGAGGAAGAGACAUUCCAGGGGUAUGACCGGAAAACAGCCACCUUCUUUUCGGACGGCCCCGGUCGGCUCUCUGGUAAGAUACGAAUCGACCCGCAUGGGACCCUGAGUCUUAUGCCAUUUGAUCUUCCGCGAUAUGCGUCGACUAAGCCGGUUGUUGUUGAAGCGGAAGAAGGUCAAGAGGUCGAGAUUACGUUUCUAGGGGGUGGCCAGGUCAAGGUUGUGGUCGAUAAGGAGAUGCUGGACUAUCAGGGGCCAAAAGUGCCAUACCUGACGAGACUACGGCUCAUCGACGGCUGA